CAGGCAUGUUUUUGUUCGCCAGUCGAUCUUGCGGCGUCGUUGGGGAUAGUUGUGUCUGUUUGAAAAAAUAUUCGUUGAAUUUCAAGUUUUUUUGAGUGAACUGAUUCUUGUGUUGUGAAAAACUCAUGUGUUUUUAACGUACAUUGGGAUUUUGAUGCAGUUGAUUGAAAGAUAAUGGCGUAAGCAGAGACAGAAAAUGGCGGCAAAUCACACGACAGACGUACCAGAAUAUGAGACGUCAAAAGACAUAGCAGAGUCGAAAUUGAAUAUUAGACCAAUAAACAUGACGUUGUGUAAAAAGCCAAAUUAUAUUAUUUAUAAAAAUUUCUACAAAGAAGACUUAUCAAGGCGAAUCCUAAAGAGAGAGUACAGCUUGUACAAUUAUUGUUUUAUCAGCGUAUUUAUCAGUUUUUUAUUUGGAUUCGUUAUAGGCGUCGUGAUAAUGGGCUCACAGACGAACAUUUCUCCCAAUUCAAGUCAUAGAAAAAUUAAUUCGAGCGUACGGACGCUGAAUUCGUUAAGGCUCAAAGAAUCGAAAGAUCUAGAAGUAACGGAAAGGGAGAAGGACUUCUCAGCUGUUUCGUUUACGGGCGAUAAUCACAAAUACAAAGACGUUUACCCAAAAAGCCUCACAGAAGACAUGAAGGAGAUUUUAAAAGAUAACAAAAUCAACCAUCACAAACAUAAAAUCGUGAAUCUAAAUAGAACAGUUUAUGUUCCUGGCGAUGAAACUGUGUUAUACGAUAGUAUAUUUUGGGGACCGGAGGUUGAGAAUUAUAUGCCGCAAGGGUAUGGUGAAAACUCAGCGGAGAUAUGGGAAAGGUACGUGGACCAGAGCGAGGUGAUUAAAAUGGAAUCCGGCUGCGGGCGGAUGCAGAACCGUCUCGUCACCUUCAAAGAUGGCAUUCAAGCUUGCGUUAGAUAUAGACAAAACACUGAUCAAAUACAGGGGGAGAUCUUUAGCUUCUACGUUGCUAGGUUGCUCAAUUUAACCAAUCUAGCGCCAUCAGUGGUUAAAGUAGUCGAUUUGAAAGACAAGCUGUGGGCGAACGUAGGUAAUGACAUCGCUACAGCGCAAUGGAAUACAAAUAGGGCUGUUGUAUUAACGCAAUACAUCCCAAGUCUGGAAUCCGCCACAAUACCUGAUAUCUUCAAACCGUCGAAUCGACAUCUGAAUAAAAUGGAUGUACUCGACAUGGCGAUGAAAGAAAAGGAGACAGACACAAACAAACAAAUUCUAAUAAACAAACUCAGAGCCAAAGACGUCAAAGUCAUAAAAGAUGAUGCCAACGAGACAUUCGAUCAUAUAGACAUGAAAUUGAACAAGAAAACAAUAGACCAAUUCGUCGAAUUGGCGCAGUGGUCGGAUCUGAUUAUUUUCGACUAUCUAACAGCGAAUUUAGAUAGGAUAGUAAAUAAUCUAUUCAACUACCAGUGGAAUGUUAAUAUAAUGGACGGCCCGGCCCACAAUUUGGCAAGGAAAAUGGACAGCGGAUUGCUCUUGUUCCUCGACAAUGAAUCAGGAUUGCUCCACGGGUAUCGACUGUUGAAGAAAUACAACGCUUACCACAGUCUAAUGCUAGAUAAUCUAUGCGUGUUUAGAAAGAAGACAGUGGACGCACUAAGAACGCUUCACGACACGUCGAUUGGUGCAAAAUUAAGUGAUAUGUUUCACCAGAAAAACAACGCGGUGAUACGCGACGUUCUGCCUCCGUUACCGGAGAAGAAUUCGAAGAUACUGCACGAUAGGAUAGCCAAGGUUUUGAGUCAAGUAGAAAAAUGUGAACAAUCUUUUGCUAGAUAGCUUGAAACAGCUCUGGCUUAAAUGUGCAUUUAGUUGGAAAAUUAGCUCAAUAAUUAAUGAUGUGAAUAUUGAAUUACUGUUUAGAUUUGUUGUCUGUGAUAACAACCUUUUGAAUUUAUGUUUAUUGUCAUAGGUAGAUCGCGAUUUAGUAGUUUGGAGUGUCAUUGUGUAUUAAAUGGAAAAUAUAGGAGAGAAAGUAGUCAAGGUAUUGUAGGAUAAUAAAAUUUUCAUUAAAGAAUUAAUAGACAAGAUUUUAUAAUUAGAGAUGGAAAUUUUAAGAUUCUCUCUCAUUUCAAUAUUGUUAAGCAUUUCCAAAAUUAACAUAAAUGGAUUUGUGAUUUGAAAAUUGUUAAAUCAAUUUUGACACAAUACGUAAUAUAUUUGAGUCGGUUAAUUUUAUAUGUACACGCCAUACUGUAUAAAUGUAUAAAGUAUAUAAAAGUGAUAAUAUUUUUGAUACCAAAUAUAAUAAUUUAUUUAUAAAUUAUAUUAUUGUGCCAGUAAUUUUGGUGAUAUUGUUAAUUAUAUGUAAAUAUAUUGCGCAGGCGGGGAGGGUAUUUGA